AUGCCGGAACUCCCACAUGGUUGGCGCGUGAGGAACAGCAACGGCGAGGUCAAGGGUCCUCCGCCCGAGUCUGAUCAUUCCGACUCUGAAGAUGGCAGCGAGUUCAGCGACAAUGGCGAGCCAUUGGAUAUCCGACCUGAUUCGCCGGGAUGGGAGGAUCUGGAAGACGACACCGAGACGUUGAACAUCCAAUGCCUGUUUUGCGCAACAACGUUCCCAAGUGCUAAAGCCAUGCUGGACCAUUGCACCGAGUCUCACGACUUCGACUUUCUGGACGUGCAACGUCAACACAAAUUGGACUUCUAUGGAGCCAUCAAGCUGGUGAACUACAUUCGUUCUGAAGUCAAGGCUGGGAAGGAGAAACCCGCGGUGGACGAUGCCAAGCUAUGGGAGGACGACAAGUUCUUGCAACCUGCUCUAGCGGACGAUGCGCUCUUGUUCAGUUUGGACGAUGUUAUUGAUGUAGCAGCUGGUGCCGAAGAAGAUGGUCUAUGA